CAAGAUGGCGGCUUCCUCGUCAAGUAGUUCGAAAGAUAAAGAUAUGAAAACGUUGAUUGAACAGUUUUGUGCCAUAACAGAUGCAGGGGAACCUAUAGCUGAACAAAUGCUAGAAGCAUGUAGUGGGAACCUUGAAAUGGCAGUCAACAUGCAUGUAGAUGCUCAAGCAAGUGGAAAUGGUGAAGCACAAGAAGAGAGUUCCAAUCCUGGAACCUCUCAGUACGAAGACAGUGUUAGACCUCCAAUUCCUCCCACUCGUGGAAUCCUGGUAAAAGAUGGUCUUAGCUAUGGUUUUCGACCACGACGACCACCAUCUCAAUCAGUAUUUGAUGCUUUUAGAGAUUUUCAGAGUGAAGCCAAGAUACAAGAGGAACAACUUAUUGGAACUGAAGAUACUUUAUACAGUAGGAAACGAAAAACCUUAGAAGAUCUUUUUCGGCCACCCUUGGAUCUAAUACAUAGAGGAUCUUUUGAAUCAGCGCGUGAGGUAGGCAAAAGCAGUAAUAGAUGGCUUAUGGUCAACGUUCAAGAUGUACAGGAAUUUCAGUGUCAGAUACUUAACAGAGACGUGUGGAGUAGCCCAGCUGUGAAAAGUAUUGUAUCUAAACACUUUGUAUUUUGGCAGGUGUAUCUGGAUAGUGAAGAAGGACGUUGGUACGCUCAGUUUUACAAAGUUAAUCAGUAUCCUUAUGUGGCCAUUUUGGAUCCUAGAACAGGAGAAAACUUGGUUGCUUGGAAUAGUGUAGAUUCAAUGUCAUUUUGUGACUUGGUGACUGAAUUUUUGUGUAAACAUCCUUCACCAGAUGGUUCCACUCCAAGCCCACCAAGAAAAAGAUCUAGAACAGAUAGUAUACUUGAUCAAAGUGAAGAGUCCCAGAUCAAAGCAGCAAUUCAAGCUUCACUAGAAGAUUCUGCAGAAGCUGCUUCAACUGCUGCUGAACAUGGCAGUGCCUCAGAAAGGGAUGAAGAAAGUGAUAUAGAGACUUUUGAAUCUGAUUCUGAAAGCUCCACAUCUUGUACUAAUAUACUUCAGAAGGAUGAGAUGCAGGAUUCAAAUGGUGUAAAGACGUUUUUGUGUGCAAAUCUCAUAAAGGUAGAUAAAGAAGACACAAAUCAUAAAAUUAAAAAGAAAAUGGAUGAAGAUGAUAUUAGUGAUGCGGACAACCCAGCAGAACAGUGGAAGAUCUACUUGGGUAGUAGUGAUGAUCAAACUGAGUUAAUAUUACGAUUUCCAAAUGGAGAACGACAGCAAAAAAAUUUCCCAUCUUCUUCUCAGUUGCAGGCACUUGUGUUGUAUGUGGCUGCUCAAGGAUUUCCAAAAGACCACUAUGAACUGGUGACAAACUUUCCACGUCGUAAUCUCAGUGACCUCAAACCAAGCCAAACAUUGAAAGACAUUGGACUCUUUCCUAGGGAGACUGUGUUUAUUCAGUUGAAAAGUUCAUAACAAAAAAAAGAGAAAACUGUAGAGCUGAAUCAAGAGUUGUGUACAAACUUGCAGAGGCCGAUUCAAUCUUAAAGGAUUUUGUGAAAAAGUCGAUUAUUUGCAACACUUCAUCUGAAGAACAGAAAAAUGGUUGUUAUUACAUAUAUUUAUGGAGGGUUAAUCAUGCUUUAUAAGGACAAUAAUCGAGGUCUUGUUCAGUGCAUGUAACUACUUCAUUAUUGAACAUACUUAUUCUGAUGACCGUGAUUAUGCAUUAUUGUACAGCACCACAAUUUUCACUGUGGUAAGUUUCUGUUAAAAAUAGAGAAGUUGGUCUUAAACCACACAUCUUGACAAAUUUUUAACAGACCCUCUACAUUUAAGCAAAAGCUUAAAAGUCCAUUGGAACAGCAUUGAGGUAUUUUGUAGACACAUGACCAAAUAAGAUUGCUGUGAUUUCAGCUUUCUUGAAUACGUUUUCUCUUAGAAAGCAGAUGCUGAUAUUGAAGUGCGACUAUAGACUUGUGAGUCUUCAUUAGAUUCAAAUCCUUGCAUAUUAUCUUGUUAAUGGUACCAAGAAAUAUGUUCAGUUUCAGUGCAUUUGCUUUAAGUGUUAGAGGAUUUGCUUUUGCAACCAGAGCCUUCACUUUAUGUAUGAGAUUGUUUUUAUUGGCUUAGGAUGUAAUUUUGAAGAUGUGGUUCUAGAUACUGUGCUGUGCAAGGUUUUCACUUUCAUACAGUGUUGAAGACUCCCUUUGUCAGAAGGUUGUGUUCUUUAGCUUUGUAUUGUUUGACAGUCUAGCUGUAUGAAUUUAUCUCUUCAGAAAGGCUUUAUUUAUAUUACUGUAACUAUAAGUCUAUCCACAGUGGAGCUGCAUUGUUGAAUGGUUGGAAAUUUUCUGUGAACCAGAUAUAUACAGAUACUAAACAUGUCACUUGUGGUGCCACAUCUCCAUCUGCAUAUCCAAAUUGUUCUUAUAAAGUGUUAUUAAUCCUCUGUACAUUGUUACUUUACACUGCUCAUGUAUAAAUUUUUAGAGAACUUUUUCUACUUCCUUUUAAGCUCUGACUGCCACAAAAUUCUUUAUCAUUUAGAUGUAAAGAAAAUUUAAAAUUAACUUUCUGAGUUUCGAACUAUAAAAUCAUAGAAAGAAAUUAAAUAUUUAAGAAAAAUAACAAUUUCACUUAUUAUAUUUAUUUUUUAUAACUCAUACUUUUCCCAAAUUUUAUUUCUAGAAAUGCAAACUCAUUCAGUUUGUAUAAAUAACUGUCAUUUCAAUUUUAUAUACAAUCAGAAUGAUGACUACAAUGACAUUUUUUAAGUAGAUAUAGUUUUCUCAUUCUGUGUUCUUUGUUUUUAGGUUUUGUCUGUGAAGAGUUUUUAGGUGAGUCAAACAAGGAAGAAAAUAACUAAUAAAAUCAGUGAAUAUUUUACUAUAUUAGGUUACAGUAAAACUGCCAAUCAAAAUGAACAGAAAAAAUAUUCUACAAAAGGUGUGUGUAUAAAGUUGUAUGUAUUCCAGUGACUUGUGCAAGUAAAUGUAAUAAAAAAAAUAUUGAUCCAGUGAUUGUCAUUGAAGAUUAAAUAACCUCUUUGUUUCAUUAAUAAAAAUAAUUUUUUGUUAUUU